UCAACACAACCUUACUCUGCUGUGCCCCGUUACACCUGGUAGCACUCUAGUUCGUUCAUUGACCUACGCGCAAUGUCCACUGCCCAGUUCCCUGAAGCCCAUCUUGUGACGAUCAGUCACAUGUGCUCCACCCUCGGUGAACAAGACGCGUGGAGCCUUAUCAACGCGCAGGCGCCGCCAGCGCAACUCCACUUGGUGGAGAGCUUCGCUCGUCAUGGUGAGAAUGCUCGGCAAGACGUUGCCGCUCACAUGCAGUCCGUGACGGCUGAACGUGAUGCCGCGCAUCAAGAAAUCGCUGAGCUCAAGGCUCAAGGUCUUGCCUUGGAGGAAACUCUCCAUCACACGACGGCCCACCUCGCUGCGCAAUCUGCGCAACCUGCCUCGGCAAUCAAGCGCCGGUCCCAAGUACGGAGGUACUCCCUCCCAGCAACUAUUGCGUUGGGUUCAGCAAUUGACCAAUGCCGCGGAUGCUUUGAAUAUCGAUGACGAUAGUAUCCGCGUGUCCUUUGCCAUAUCCUAUCUGACAGGAUGCGCUGAAGACUGGGCCUGGGGCCU